UGGUCGCUUGUCACAACUACCGAGCUGCUUUCGAUGUUGCCCGGAUCGUUAUGCCGCAAAAAGAUCAAGAUAUCCAUCCGCAGUUGGACAUGAAUGAUGGAUCUCCGUCCGAGAAUAGAAGCUCACAAAUUCAGAAAGCAACAAACACAAAAACACUACAGCAACACACACAAAAAUGACAUCCACAGCAUACACUGCAUCUCAGGGCUGCAUUAGCCAACCACACGCACAUGAUGUUCUUAGCGGCAGGGGAGCUGGUAUCACAAAGCACCCUGGUAACAAGAGAUGGCGUGAAUUGAUCCACAACAACAGAGAGAAGUACACAUCUUUGCCCCGCAAUCAACGCCCUCUGAUUGCUGAGCAAAUCGUCAAGGCUGUCCGAUCUCUCAAUCCUCCUGGAAGAUUCCUUUCCAAGGAUGUAAACACACAGCUCUGGUACGAGAUUGGAGAUGACAAGGCUGCUGAGAAAACAGCACAAGCUAUGAGAGAUUCCAAGAAGACUGGCAAGGACCAAUCACCAUCCUCCUCCCCUGUCACUGCAAAGGUUACAGUACCCACUCCCUGGGUUGCAUCUUCCCAAUGUGCAUCUCCCAUUCCAGUCUUCGCCUCCGACGCCACAUGCACUCCAACUCUAGGCAGACCAAGUCUCAAGAGACUGACCACGGAUGAUACAUUCACCCAAAGAAUGGAAGGAUUUGCAUUCAUGCCACCAAUAAUUGAACGUGAUGUCUCCACUAUUCUCAUGGAUGUGGGAGAGUCAACUCAUCACACCAUGAUGACUGGCCCUUCUGUUCAAUGCUCGCCUGACCUCCAAAAGCCAGACAUUGCGAGAGCUAGCACUUUUGACAGACACAUCGCACAAUGCACAUUCACCGUCCCAAGCCGCCCUCCAUUUGCCCGAGAAGAGUCAGGCCUCAGUUUUGCCUCUUUUGGAAUGUUGGAGGAAGAAGAGUUCGAUAUGUUGGAAGCCUCUUGCGAAACCCCAUCGGCGGAAACUCAAAUUCCCGCCAUGACACAACAAAACUGGAGCUUCACAAACGCAAACACACACAACAAUACCAACUUCAAUGCCAUGAACCAGACACUUCACUCUUCCGACCACUUUGUCAGCUACGACAUGGAGCCACUUCAUAUCGCAGACGAUAUGGACAUAAUGAUGAUGAUGGAUGAUUCCGCACACCAUUACAACACGAGGCGAAUCAAUCGCAACAGCUCCCCAUUCCACUACUCUAUUUAGACUACUACUGCUACUAUUGUAACAACAGCUUAGACUUAUUAUGAGCAAUGC